AUGAAGCGAAGGAAGAUGCUACAAGAAAACAACAAGAAGAUUGAAUGGGGCGAGAGAGGGAGGGGUGAAUGGACCGUAUUUUUCGGCCGUGAAGUCACCCAAAAACAAGCCCAUAUAAGUGAUGGCCCGUUAUUGUUGGCCGCAAAGCACCGAAAACAAGCCCAUGUCACUGUUGAUUUGGAGCCGACGGCCGAAAUAGCCUGCGCACUACCCUGUGAGAGCAAGUUGCCACUUGCCAGUGCCGAUAUACCAGAUUGGCCAUUGCAAAAUGACCGUUCUCCUGCCAAAGAACAAUCAAGGAACUAG